AUGACCGGAACCGCUGCCAGCGAAGCCGAGGAAUUUCGCCAAGUUUAUGGCAUGGAAGUGAUUGCUAUCCUACCUUAUCGAAAAUUAAUUCGCAAAGAUUAUAAUGAUUUAAUUUUCUGGGACAAAAAGAGUAAAUAUGACUAUAUCAUAAAAUUAAUCAAAAAAAAUCAGAAAACUUUUCGUCAACCAAUUUUGAUCGGUUCUCCAAGCGUGGAAGUAUCCGAGCACUUAUCCUCGCUAUUGAAAAAAGAAAAUAUUCCUCAUAAUUUACUUAACGCAGUCAAUCAUAAACAAGAAGCCGAAAUAAUUGCCAAAGCCGGACAAAUUGGCACCAUUACCAUUUCCACUAAUAUGGCCGGACGGGGGACUGAUAUCAUCCUCGAUCUGGAAUUUCUCCUAUUUAACUUGAAAUUUGUGGCUGAUAAACUUGAUAAUUCUAAUACCAACGAGGCCAAACAAGUUAAAGAAAAAAUUAAUGAAUUUUUGAAAUGGUGUUCGGAGCAUAAAGAAGACGCCGAAAAGAUUAGGAAAAAAAUUAAUGAAUUUUUGAGAGAAUUGAGAGGCAAAAAAUAUACGAAAAAGGUUAGAGAAAUAAUUGAUAAAUUCAUGAAAGGAUUAGGUGUGCUUGGAAUAGAACGAAAUACUACUCGCCGGGCUGAUAACCAGUUGCGGGGUCGGGCCGGUCGUCAAGGGGACCCGGGCGAGAGUCAAUUUUUUGUCUCUUUGGAGGAUGAAAUGUUAAAAAAUUUUGGGGUUAAAGAACGAGUAGGUAAACUUUUCAACCAAAAACAAUUAAAAGAACUUUUUCACCGCCCGCUAAGCGGAAAAGUAUUCAAUUAUCUCAUUUCUGAACCCCAAGAAACUUUACGGAAUUCGCAUGCUUCUAAUCGCCAAUAUCAUCUUAAUUACGACUUACUUAUUAAUCGGCAAAGACAAUUCAUUUAUAAUUACCGUGAUAAAUUAUUAA